GACUACAUCUACCAUCAUAUUGCUUGUCGUGCAAGCCAAUCUAUUCGUCCCGUAUUUGAAAGGCAUUUGUCAGGCGUCGAGUGUCUAAGACUGCCUCCUCGCCUGAAGCCUUCACUGGUGACAGAAGCUGUAGUAUACACGGGCAUAGCAAGAGUAUCCGGUCAUCAAUAAUUCGCUGCGAGUUCGCAGGCAAAAAGUCAAAGGAUGAUCGACUUGUGUAGCGGUCGAGAAGGAGAGAUGUCCACAGCGCGUGGCCAUCGUUCCGCGGCUUGGACACCCCCUUCUUCCUCUUCACGCGCCCUCGAGGGCGUGGAUGCGGGGGCCGAGCGCAGCGGUUUUUUUUUUUGGAGAGGAAUCCGAUGGAGCCCGUUGCAUCGCGCUACCGGAGAGAGAAAGGUGCGUGAUGAGGCAGAGAGAUGGCUGUGGAUGCCGCUCGCCUCACACAAAUGUAUGGUUAAAAUAAAAUAGAAUGUUUGGCGUUUGUUAAUUUUUUUGGGCUCUUGCGAUGAGCAGAGUAUACGCAGAUGGUUGCACACGUGGAAGAUAGAGAGUGCGCCGACAGUAUACAUCGGUUAGAAAUGCUUCGAAGUUAGCUGUAGUUUGUGUGAGAAUACUUUGACAUCUUAAGUUCAGAUAAAGUGAGACAUCAGGAUGAAAGUGACAAUGAAGAAAGGGAAGCAGCGGGUCGAUUCGUCAGGGGAAGCGUGCUUGGAAGCCGCUGCGAAGGACACGCGGAAACACGGGGUUGAGGCGCUGUCUUGGUUAGACAAGUACAAUGACGAGGUGGGAUUGAAUGAAUUAAUUCACGCGGAAGACGAGGCAGAGACGGCCUGUUCGGAAGAGGUGAACUUGUUGCAAGCGAGAUACGCGAAGUUACGCUUAGAAGAAGAGCUGUCGAGGCAGACUCAAGAAGUCGAAAGGGGGCCGGUGAAAUUGGAUGGCCGCUCGCGUGACGAAGACGACGCGAGGAGGGAAGCAACGGUGGUGCAGAAACGAGACUCGCGCGCAGAAAACGGUGGGCCACUUAUCGACACUUCCGCGCGAAACAAAACUGACGCUUCCGCUGUACCUAAUUGUUCACGUCAAAAAAAUAAGUCAACGGCUACUUCCAAUACACAAAGCUGUGCAAAGAGCUCGACCGUUUUUGUACCGAUUGACGAGGAGCUGCGCCGUGCCGACGAUGAAUUUGGACUGAGCUGCCUCGUUGCUUUCAUGACGAGGGGGGGAGAAGCGCCACGCUCUGCCGAGUCGUAUCGAUCGUUUUCCGCUCGGGCGCUGAAGCGCUCUUCCGUCGAGGGGGUUCAGUCGGCCGAGGGGGCCCCGAUGGGAAGGUCGUUACCUGACAGUCCCGUGUGCAAGCCCGCGGUCUCGGAGGUCCAUUCGUCAGGGGUCGAGCGUUCGAAGUGGAGUGGGAGAUUGGCUUCUUACUCUGAACGCGACACGAAGCGAAGUGGUGGUUGUGAAAAAGUCAAGUCUCUACCUGCGGAAGAAGCGAAUGCGGCGCCGAGUCAAAAGUUCGCAUCCAUCACCCACGACAAGCAGGGUCAUCUCAUGGCGUCUCCGCAUCGACCGAUGCCUCCGUCCAAAGCGGUACGAGCUCCGGUCGAAACCUCGCAACCGCCAGAUACAAAGAGUGCGGUGGUUCUGCUGAGCCGAGCACCCCUGCACCCUCAGCUGCUCGAUUCCCCGGCUCCCAGGUUGCUGUCCUCGCCGAGCAACCGCGUGGGGCCGCUCGCGUUUAACGGAUUCACCGACCACAAUUUUCUGAAAAACGGAACAACCUCAUCUUUCUUGACCAUCAAUUUGAACAAGCAUGCCAUCUUCAGUUUUAUGGACUUGGCCGUCUCAAACACAUCCAGAAACAUAGAAACGUGCGGACUGCUCGCCGGCGCGUUCGUUGAGAGUCAGCAUCAAUACCAAAUAACACACAUCAUCCUCCCCAAACAAAUGGGAACGAGCGACACGUGUACCACGAUAGACGAAUUCGAAGUGUUCAACUAUCAGACGAAACACCAGCUCCUCACCAUGGGAUGGAUUCACACGCACCCCACCCAGCCGUGCUUCCUCUCCAGUGUGGACAUGCACACUCAGUAUUCCUAUCAGAUGCUGUUCGCGGGCGCGUUGGCGAUUGUUGUGGCGCCGACCAGCGACCCGCCCUUCGCCGCGUUCCAUCUGUCGGAUCAGGGACUGAAGGUCAUGCAGUCUUGCAACCAAGGCGGAUUUCACUAUCACGGAGAAGGCAACCUGUACCAACUGUGUUCACACCUCUCGCUCGUCGAAGACAAAACGUGCAUAAUAAAGGACUUGCGCUGAAACAAUCCGAGCGGCAAAUGCUCGGUCAUGAUAUAGUGUGUAUAUACAGCAGCGACAAUGUAGUAUUGUGCAAUAACAUAGUGUAUACAACAAAAUGAUAAUAAUAUGGUACACGCCUUAAUAAUGCAGCCUAUACGACUGUGCGACAAAUAGUGAUAAGUAUGAAAUAAUAAGUAGCAACAGAUACGAUAACGUUGUAUAUGGCAACUUUGUACGUAAUAAUAAAUAAUAACGUAGUUAGUGUAUACAACAAC